UUUCACAUAGCUUUAGGGUUUCAAACCCAUAAGAACCCUAAUUCAUUCUCCUCUUUCACUUUCUUCCUCACUGGUAAAAUCCCUAAUCGCCGGCAACAGUCACUUUGAGAAGAAAUGGCCAAGUCGAAGAAUCACACAGCUCAUAAUCAGUCCUACAAAGCACACAGGAAUGGAAUCAAGAAACCCAGAAAGCAUCGUCAUAGUUCCACCAAAGGGAUGGAUCCCAAGUUUUUGAGGAACCAGAGGUAUGCUAGGAAGCACAACCCGAAGACUGUUGAAUCUGCUGAAAAGUAAAUGAAUUGUUAUAGUAAUGAGCUAUUCAUUAUGACAGGCAAUCUUUGAGUUUGUUGAAAGCUUUGUUUGAUGUUUUGGUAUUUGUAGUGGAUGCUUGAGUUAGUAUGCAACCUUGUUUUGACUAUUAAUCUUUUACUCUUUCAAUGGAAACAGUUUACAUUAACGCCA